UACCCAAAACCAAAAAAACCAACCCCCACAGAAAAACACCACCACCAACAACAACCUUAGUUUCUCCGAGCAGCGGUCCCUUCUUCUUGCAAUCACGCAAUGGCCGCCGCUGUUCGAAUCCACCACCACCUCUCAUUCCUUUUCUUGUUCUUAUUCUUCAUCUCUUUCUCAUGCGGGACUGAAACUGAUUCCCUCCUCCACCUCAAGAAAUCUCUCACUAACUCUGACCGCUCCCUCUCCUCGUGGAUCCCAAACAUCUCCCCAUGCUCCGGCACGUGGCUCGGCGUGGUCUGCUUUGACAACACCAUCACGGGCUUGCACCUCUCUGACCUUGGCCUCUCCGGCUCGAUCGACGUCGAUGCCCUCGUCGAGAUCCGUAGCCUCCGCACCCUUAGCUUCAUCAACAACUCCUUCUCAGGCCCCAUUCCAAACUUCAACAAACUUGGCUCCAUAAAGUCCCUUCUCCUCACCCAAAACCGCUUCUCCGGCACAAUCCCCACCGACUUCUUCUCCACCUUAAACUCCCUCAAGAAACUUUGGCUCUCAGGCAACAACUUCUCUGGUGAAAUCCCACAAUCCCUAACACAACUCAAACUCUUGAAAGAACUCCACCUCGAAUACAACUCGUUCUCAGGCCAGAUACCAAACUUCAACCAAGAUCUGAAGUCGCUGGAUUUGUCCAACAACAAACUCCAAGGUGCAAUUCCUGUAAGCUUGGCAAGGUUCGGCCCUAACUCUUUCGCAGGAAAUGAAGGUCUCUGUGGUAAGCCCUUAGAGAAGACUUGUGGUGAUGAUGAUGGGUCUUCUUUGUUUUCUCUUCUAAGUAAUGUUAACGAGGAAAAAUACGAUACGAGUUGGGCGACGAAGGUGAUUGUAAUAUUGGUUAUAGCAGUGGUGGCGGCAAUGAUAUUUCUGUUCGUGAAGAGGAGUCGGAGGGGGGAUGGGGAGUUGAGGGUGGUGAGCAGGAGCAGGAGCAACAGCACAGAGGAGGUAUUGAUGGUGCAGGUACCUAGCAUGAGGGGGGGCGUAGGAGAUAAGAAGAAGGAAGGAAAUAAAAGAGGGGAUAUUGUGAUGGUGAAUGAGGAGAGGGGCGUAUUUGGGCUUCAGGAUUUGAUGAAGGCGUCAGCGGAGGUGCUAGGGAAUGGGGGGUUGGGAUCAAUGUACAAGGCGAUGAUGGGGACAGGGUUGUGCGUGGUGGUGAAGAGGAUGAGGGAGAUGAAUAAGAUCGGGAAGGACGUGUUUGACGCUGAGAUGAGGCAGUUCGGGAGGAUACGACACCGGAAUAUCAUCACGCCACUCGCUUACCAUUACCGAAGGGAGGAGAAGCUCUUUAUUACUGAGUACAUGCCCAAGGGAAGCUUGUUGUAUGUCUUGCAUGGUGACAGAGGAACAUCCCAUUCUGAGUUAACUUGGCCUACACGUUUGAACAUUGUUAAGGGAAUUGCAAGAGGGUUGAAAUUCCUUUACUCUGAAUUUUCCACCUACGACCUGCCCCACGGGAACCUCAAGUCCAGCAACGUUCUUCUAACUGAUGAUUACGAGCCUCUCUUGAGUGACUACGCCUUUCAGCCACUGAUCAACCCCAAGGUCUCCGUGCAGGCAUUGUUCGCCUUCAAAUCCCCAGAUUUUGUUCAGAAUCAGAAGGUUUCGCAGAAGACCGAUGUUUACUGCCUCGGUGUCAUCAUUCUUGAGAUCAUCACAGGGAAGUUCCCUUCCCAGUAUCACAGCAAUGGCAAGGGUGGCACUGAUGUUGUGCAAUGGGCCUUCACCGCAAUUUCUGAGGGAACAGAAGCAGAGUUGAUCGAUUCGGAGUUACCAAACGACGCGAAUUCGCGCAAGAACAUGCUGCAUCUUCUACACAUUGGGGCUUGUUGCGCUGAGAGCAACCCUGAACAAAGACUAAACAUGAAGGAAGCUGUUAGAAGGAUAGAGGAGGUACAGGUUUAAAAAUUGUGUCAGUAAUUAAGCUAGCUUAGUUCAAGUUUCUUUUGUAGGUCAGAAUUGCAGGACCUUUGGAAAUAUUAUAUCUUGCAGCAUCUUGAUCCAACUCUCGGACAUUUUCAUUAGUGAUCUUGUGAAAGCAAAGUAGUUAGCACUAAGUGUGAUUUUGUGCAAGAGAUAACAACAGAACGGAACAGAGAAUAAUGGAGGAAGAUAGCAGGGUAGAAAGGGAGAAAGAUUGGAAAAUGGUUAUAUGUUGUUUCGGAACUUCAUAGCUUGGAGCAUUUCUCAUUGUCAAAAAGUACAAGUUUAACUUCAUAGCCCUUGCCAAGUAUAUGCAACUCUCAAAAGAAAACCAUUUUUGGACAGCAUCCUUCAAGUUUGUAGAAACUUAAUUUUAGUGGUUAAAAGUAUUUUUCUAGUUUUCGUCUUACUAUGUGUAUCAUAUACAAGAGAUUGAUUCUAUUUUCUUGCUCACUCCCCA